AUUGUGUCUACCUUGUCAUCCGUCAACUUCUAAGUAAUGCCUAUCAAACAACAUAUGGGAAGCUUUUGAAAUUAGACUUAAACAAAUACACAUACCGUAACAUUAUACGGUGCCCAAGGGGCCGGCACAAGUGGACCGCAGUAGAGAGUUGACUACUGAGCAGGACGGAACCUUUCUGCAGAGCAAUGGCAAUCAACUAAGCAGACCAUGCUGUAAAUGACUGUGUUAAAUAAGCCAAGAAACACUGAUUGAAUUUCGUUAAUGAAAGUUCAUUUCGUCUGUGUUAUUACCAUCUGAGAACGCUGAACAUGAAGUGGACUAUCGCAUUUUAUCUGUCAUUGGUGCAACUGUCUGCCGCUAACCAAACGUGUGUGGACAUGAGAUUGACAAUAGGUUUGCACACCUCUGGGUAUGUACAAGCUGGUGCAGCCAAAUUGUUUGUUAAUGCUGAAAGCAAACUAGACUGCAUCGCCUUCUGUUACUUCAAAGGAGUCAAGAUCGCUAUGACGUAUGAUCCAGGCACUCUGAAGUGCACGUGUUACAAUAUGCUGUUGGGUGCAGGGACAGCGGCUCCAGGUGCCUUUGCGUAUGAGUUAACUGGCGAGCCUAAGCCAGCCAUCCUAGCAGAUACGGUGGAUACCUGGAUUUCCUCCUUGAUACGAGAAUCGUCUGUAUACUCAUACACAGCAUACGACUACAGCGGUCACAACGUCGUUGGAGCUCCCGACUACUACCCCAGCUACGGCAACACCGACCUGGCAUGGUGCCCUGAUUAUUUGGAUGCUGAUCAGUUCAUAGAGCUCGGCAUACCCGAGGCCAUCUACAUCACGGAGAUCCACAUCUAUGAGGUUUUCUGGGCUGGUGCCGUGGAAUCGGUGUCAAUCCGGGAUUCGAACUCCAACUGGGUGCCAGUGUGGAGCACCCCUGCCGUCAGUGCCAUCGAAGAGAGUCGCAUCUUUGUGCUUUGUGUGUGGAGCACCCCUGCCGUCAGUGCCAUCGAAGAGAGUCGCAUCUUUGUGCCAAGCUUUGUGGUUAUGACAGUAGAUGCGUACAUCGAUCCAUGCUAA